AUGAGGGCUCAGCAGAUGCAGAAGACAAUCGCCUUCAUAUCAAGGAUGAUCAAUUAUAUUACGCUUUGGAGCGAGAGCAAAAUCACCAUUAACCAGACAAAGGCAAAGGGUCCUUUCCAAAAAAAGGCGGAGGAUUUCUUCACGCCACCCCUUAACCUCGAGGUGGCAAUCCAAGACAAAAACAGAAUGAGCACUGAAGACAUCAACGAUGCACUUUUCAAAAGCAUUGAUUAUAUCGAAUUCUCCGAAUUAGACAUCCCAAUUGGAGGGAAGCGGCCAAACGGUUUGAAAGGGUCCAUUGGUAGUCAAGAAUAA